AUGCAAGCAGAACAGUACGCCAUCUACAAAGCAUUGGUCUACAUCAACAAUUCCAAUCAGCUUCGCGGGAAGCAGGUCUGCAUCUGCUCUGACAGCCAGGCCGCUCUUUGGAGCAUAAGCAAGAAAACCCAGCGUAACUAUCUCCACCAACUCAUCAUGGACGAACUGAAGAAAAACAAAAGCAACCUCAUUUACUUUUUGUGGACCCGCGCCCAUCAAGGUGUAAUAGGAAAUGAGGAAGCAGAUGUGCUGGCUAAGGAGACAGCCACUUCUCCUGUUACACCAAGCUUUGAUGACAUUCCAACGGUGGCUAUCAAGAAUCUCAUUAGAGAAACGCUCAUCCACAUGUGGCAGAGGGAAUGGGAAGAAGCGGACACUGGUAGGACUACCUUUAAAUUCCUGCCUAACAUUCCCAACCGUCUCUCUCUCAACCACAUAUAUGGCAAUUAUUUCACCAGCCAACUCCCCACUGGCCAUGGGAACAUUCGCCAAUAUCUCAAUAGAUUCCACCACAGCGAUACCCCCUUCUGUCAGUGUGACAGUGGCGCUAUAGAGGAUCCCCUGCACUUCAUCUUUGAAUGCAAUCUCUAUGACACACAGAGAACUCAACUUAUUCACAAAGCCCUCAUUGAAGGAUUCAACUGGCCCUGCACGCCCGAUCUCCUCAUCAACAACAGUGCCACCUACAACGGUCUUACCGAAUUUAUCCGGGAAACCGGCGCUUUAAAUCCAGACUUCACCAACCGGAAUCAGACAAGGGAUUCUUCACACGACAGUUGA